AUGAUCAGGGAAUUAAACUGUUGGGUAAAUCAGCCGGCACAUCCAUCCAACCUCCUUGGCCGGACAUACCUGUACCCUUGGAGGAGAAGGAUUGAUUUUCAUGAUAGCAGGAAGACCGAAGCCGGGUCACAAUAUGCAUGCGCCAGGCAGCCUAUGAGACAGCGUCUUGUCCAUCUCUUUGACCCAUCAGCCCAUCUAUAUUUGUUGACGGAGUAUAUACACAUCUGUCGACUCCGUCCAUUGACAUGGGGGGGAAUCCACGUGAAAGACAGGGGACAGACAGGGUCAAAAAACAAGUCAUCCAUCUCAGAAACGAAGAAAAUGGUUAUCGUACAUGAAUAUCGAAAUCAAAUACAGAGCUAG